CACCUCAAACAAGAAGCGCGCGAAGAAGAUUCGUUAACAGGACGAUGCGACUAAUCCAAGAAGCUGCAGAUUGUUGUGGCGUGAAGAAGCCUGUCUGGGUUUAACCAUACAAGAAAUUGUGUGACACUUCUGCCCAACGCCAUAAAUCGCCGAACCUGUUUGAGGUUCAUCAGGCUGGUAGAAGUUCCCUUUAUCUGCUCGCCAUGGUGGACUACUACCAAGUUCUCGGAGUGCGGAGAGAUGCGUCUGCAGACGACAUCAAGAAAGCGUACAGAAAACUGGCCCUGAGAUGGCACCCUGAUAAAAACCCCGAAAACAAAGACGAGGCUGAGCAGAAAUUCAAGGAGCUGUCAGAGGCUUAUGAAGUCCUGUCUGAUGUCAACAAGAGGAGCACGUAUGAUCGCUAUGGUAAAGAAGGACUGACAGGUAGCGCUGGAGGGAGAGGAGGCCACUACCACAACGGAGACCAUUUCCAUGAACCCUUCACAUUCCGAAACCCGGAAGAUGUCUUUAGGGAGUUCUUUGGGGGCAGGGACCCAUUUGCAAACUUUUUCGGUGCAGAUCCAUUUAGUGAUGAUCCUUUCUUUGGCAACGGCCGGCGACAUCAAAGUCGGGCAAGUCGGAGUCGGACUGGUGGCUCAUAUUUAGGGGGUUUUGUGGGCUUAACACCCUUUGGGGCCAGCUUCUCACCUUUUGAUACAGGUUUUGGUUCAUUUGGCUCCAUGGGCACCAUUGGUCACAUGGGUCACAUGGGCCACAUGGCGACCAUGGGGGGUCUAGGGGGCGGGGGCUUCACCUCGUUCUCCAGCAGCUCCUUUGGGGGAGGUGGCGGAGGUGGUAUGGGUAACUUUCGUUCCGUGUCGACUUCCACGAAGAUUGUUAAUGGCAGGAAGAUCACGACUAAAAGAAUCGUGGAGAAUGGUCAGGAACGGGUUGAAGUGGAGGAGGACGGCCAGCUGCGGUCAUUGACCAUCAACGGCAAAGAGCAGCUGCUGCGACUGGAACACAAGUAGAAGAAGUAUCCUGGACAUGUUUAACCUCAGCACAAACUUGAGUAUCAAGAAAAAAAAAAAGCAACACAUUGGAAGAUUCAUGCUUGACCUGGUUUGGUGUAUAUACUUUCUUUCCCUCAUUGUCUCAUGCUUCAUUCACAUCACCAACUAUGCAUUUCCUUCCAAUACUCAAUCUGUCAAAAGACAGCAACCCUAGCAUUGGGCUCAGGUUGGUGUUGAUGUAUCAGUGUUUGGGACCCCUCCUCUUUUUGAUUAUUCUGCGUACUCAUUCGUUUUGUGCGCGUACGGCUCGCUGCAUUCCACUAAGUCUUAACUGCUUUUUUUGUAAAUAUGCCCAGUAUCUCCAAUUGAAUGGGUAGAAAUCAGCAAAGUGUCAUCCCUUCUUUGUUUAUUGCUCAUCUAAGCGCUUCUUAAUAUUUUUAUUAAAAAAAAAAAAAAAGAAUUCCAGUACUGGUAGAGUUUGUCACAAUUUUCUGUGUUUGUGUUUAUUUAAUAAUGCAUGUACUGUAUACCUGUUGAUGUUGAGUCGUUUCUGAAUGAAAUACACUGCCUGGACACAACAAAAGUCAACACCAAAUAGUAAGACAGUAAGACAGUGCAUGGGUGGUUAUGUUUCAACGGGAAGUAGGCUAACCAUCAAGGCGCUCCUACCAAAUAUUAGUUUGUGGUCUUUUGUUGUGUCCCGGCAGCAUGCAAAUUGAGAUGAUCAGUGUACUUUGUAAAGCAAUACAUUGAAGUUUCCUUCUGUUUUGGGGAUCCUGUACCUGUGGUCUGUUCUCUGCUGUAGAGUCAUGAAACUUUUUACUUUAUUCGCAUCAUUUUAGUCACACUUAGAAAUAUGUUGAUUUUCCAUGGAUAAUGAGAGCUCAAGGUUACGAUUCCUGUUAUGUCACCAGUUUAAAAUAUUAAAGAAUAAACUUGUGUAUACAAGUGUGGGCAGAA